AUGGGCGGGGAAGUGAAAGUGAAGAGCUACUGCGACGCCUGCAGGGGCUCGCCGGGGCUGCUCUUCUGCCGGGUCCACGCCGCCUUCCUCUGCGCCGCCUGCGACGGCCACCUCCACGGGGGCGCCGCCCGCCACGAGCGGGUGUGGGUGUGCGAGAUCUGCGAGCGGGCCCCCGCCGUCGUCACCUGUAAGGCAGACGCGGCGGCGCUCUGCGCCGCCUGCGACUCCGACGUCCACUCCGCCAGCACCCUCUCCCGCCGCCACCAGCGCUUCCCCGUGACCCCCUUCUCCGAGCCCCUCCCUGGAGACUGGUCCUCGCACGGCACCGCCUCCAAGAAUAGCUACAACCAUUCCCAGGAGAUGCUGAGGACUACGCCGGAGCUGAAAGCGGCAGACAGCUACUACUACUACCACCACGUCUCGGAAGGGGAUCCUUACUUCGCCUUGGAGGAGGCCCCCGCAGUGGACGGCGUUGUCCCCGUUCAGAGCGACGGGAGGAAAGUCGUCGCGGCGGCGCAGCCCCUCGUCUUCGCGGCCGACGAUGGCUUCAUAGAUAUGGAUUCCGGCGGACCGAAACCGUUGUACGGCGGUGAUGCAGCAACACCAUCUGCAGAGGAAAUCGAGGCGGUGGAGACGUCGGAGGACGGUGGCGGGUGGGCGGCGCCGUUGGUCGCCGGGGCGGUGGACCGGGAGGCGCGGGUGAUGAGGUACCGGGAGAAGAGGAGGAACCGGAGGUUCGAGAAGAUCAUCCGCUACGCCUCCCGGAAGGCGUACGCUGAGUCGCGGCACCGAGUCAAGGGCCGUUUUGUGAAAGAUGGUAUAUGA